AUGAAAACGACAAGUAAUUCAUUAAAUGAAGUAAUACUAUCUUCACCUACUAAAACUAUCAUAUCAACUGCUCGUGCACAUUUAAUUCAUACUAUUCGAAAAUUAAAUUUAUUUUCUUCUAAUCCAUUAUGGUCACCAUCAUUAACUGAGAAUGAACAAAUACUUAGUACUAGAAUUUUUAUUGGUUUAAUAUCAAUAUCUUUGUUAAUUGUUAUUAGUUACGCUAGUUUAAGUAUUCGAACACGUACUAUAACUCUUAAUAAAUUUUCUAUAUCGGAUUUUGAACAACUUGAAGCACUUUAUCCAGAUACAAUUAAAGCUCCAUGUACUGAAGUAGCUGUACGUUAUGAUAAAUUUCUACGUGUAUCUGCAAAAUUUCAUCAAAUAUGUUCAAGUUCAUUUAUUCGAAAAAAAUGGAUAUCUUCUUUAUUUCUUUACAAUGCAACAUCUCAUAAUAUUUUAGAUUUUCGUACAUUUGCCUUUUCUCAUUAUCGUUCUCUCGGUUUACUUUGUCAAUUAGCUCGUCAAGCUGUUAAUGAUGCUUACGAUAGUUUCUAUUCUAAUCGUUUAAUUAAUCACUAUAGUUUUUCACGAACUCAAUUUGAUGAAGUAAGUUCUGUUGCUACUAUUAAUUUUUAUCGAAAUAUAAUAACCAAUGAAAAACGAAUUGUAUCAAUUCUGUCAAUGUUUACAUCAAAAAAUCAAUUGAUCUCAGCUUUACGUACAAAUACUUAUAUGGUAUCCAAACCCGGUUCAAAAAUAUUUAUUUCUUAUGAUAGAAUUUAUAGAGAACUAAAUGGAACGGAGGAAAAUGUUUGUGAAUGUACACUAAGAGACAAUCAGUGUGUAUAUCCAGCUGGUGCUUUUUAUAAUGUGACUCUAUCAAAUUUAGAAAAAGAAGUUGAAAAUGAUCCAUCUCCACAAUUUCAGAUUCCUGGACUAAUGGCUGGAUGUCUACCUCUUGAGGCCAUACGUCAAUCAACUCUUGAAUGUUUGUAUAAUCAAUCAUGCAUUGAUGUACUAUCACUUCAACCAAAACUUUCCCGACCAAGAGCUUUAAAUAUAUCUUUAACACGAUUUCCAUUGAAUUUAACAAUAGGUUCAUUAUUCGAUAAUUAUUUAUUUAUUGAAUCUUGGGAAAAUAGAUCAAGUUUCGAAAAUUAUUUUGCUGCUUGUGCACCUCGACAUCUUUCUUACAGUUAUGAAAGUCAGUUUUAUCUUGGUACAAUUAUUACUAUGAUUCUUAAUGCUUUUGGUGGUCUUGUUAUUGCAUUGCAAUUAAUUACACCAGCUUUAGUAAAAAUUUUCAAAUUAAUAAAAUGGAAAAAACAAAGAACUGAACAAACUACAACUGUAGAGCGAAGACAUGUACAAAUAGAACUUACAAAUAAGUUACUAAAACGAAGAAAACAAGCUGUAGUUGGUCAUAUUCAUCGAACGGUUCGUACUUUUAAUUUAUUUCCACCAAAGAACAAAAAUGAUCCUGAUGGUGAACGUAUCGGUAUCAUUGCUACUCGUCUUUAUAUUUUUUUAACAAUUAUUGGUCUUAUUACUCUUGGUAUCUAUACAUCUUUAUUAAAACGUAAUAAAACCUAUACUAUUGAUAGACCUUCAUCUACACAAUUCGAAAAACUUUAUUCUAUGCAUUCAUCAACAUUAGUUUGUUCAUGUUCACAUCUUUCAAUGUCGUAUGGUCGAAUAAUGUCUCUUUCUCCUCGUUUUCAUUCAAUAUGUUCAAGUGAAUAUCUUAAAGAUGAUUGGCUAUCUUAUUUUGGUCGUGGAUCAAUUCCUAACUAUACAUAUGAAAUUCUGUUAAUUGACUUUCGAGCUAGUGGUGAAUGGAUUUUUCAAAUGCUGUCUGUUCUAUGCAAAAUAUCACGUGAAACAAUUGAUGAUGCAAUAAGAAUAUUUCGAUCAAAUAGAUUUGUUACAAUGAAUACAUUAUCACGUUCACAGUUUACUAUGGAAACUAGGAUACGAAUGGAACAAUUUGAACAAAAUUCUAUUGUUUCACUUUUUAGUCUAAUAAGAUUGAUUCGUUCAUCGAUUCGAACAAAUCAAUUGAUUGACAAUAUGUGGAUGAAUACUCGAGCGUUGUCAAUAUAUGAUAAUACAACAUCGAAAUGGUCAAUCCGUUUUCAACCAUCAAAUCUUCAUAAAAAUUCAUGUACAUGUACUCUUUCAAGGGAAUGUACUAGCCCUAUUGGCUUUUAUUUGCGAACAGAUACCUAUCAUUCUGAACCUAAUGUAACUGUACCUGGUUUAGUUCUUGGAUGUUAUUCAAUGGAUUCUAUUCUUUUGUCUACAUUAGAAUGUUUUUACGAUAAAAAAUGUAUUCAAAUUCUUCUUGACAAGUAUGAUUUUGAUAUUGUUGGAUUAGUUUCACCAUUUAAUAAACGUGCCUCUCAGAUACGGCCACUUCAAAAGAAAAAUAGUCGUUUUCUUCCAAAUGCAACAAUACGUGAAAUUUUUUCAAACUUAUUUGUAGAAGAUUGGAUGCAUUCAAGUAAUUAUACAGCAUAUUAUGAGCGUUGUGCACCUGCACACUGUACUUAUACUGUAAAUAGACGUUUUGAUACUACUUAUAUGAUUGCUAUUAUGCUUGGAUUUCAUGGAGGAUUCAGUACUAUUUUAGAAAUCAUUCUACCAUUGUUGGUUAUGAUAUUCUUAAGGAAAUGGUCAAAACGAAAAAAAGAAACAAAAAAAAAUAAACUUAACAAGGUCACAACCGAUACAACAAUCGAUGUUGCAAAUUCUGCAUCAAAAAAACCAUCCAACUGUUGUUGUAAAAUAUUUAAUAGAUUGUUAUCGUUGAAUUUUUUUGAGAGUGAUUCACCUUCAAUUGAGAAAAAGUUUCAACAUCAAGAAAUUAUUGCUACUCGCAUUUAUAUAUUUCUAUUUAUCCUAUGUCUUAUUGCUGUUCUUAUCUAUUCUGGUCCAUUCAGUGAAGAAACAAGAUCUAUUAAAAUAUCAUAUCCAACAAUGGACAUUGUUGAAAAACUUUACCAUAAAAAUAUUUCAAGUCUUUCGUGUCCUUGUUCAAAUGCUGCUGUUCCUUAUUCAACAUUUUUAACAAUAAUACCUCAUUAUCAUUCAAUAUGUUCUAGUGAAUAUAUUUCUUUACCACAUCGUAUUGAUUUGUUGAAAAAAAAUGAGAAUAUAUCAUUAGCUUUAAGUAAUCAUUAUCGUUUAAUAGCGUCAUUUUGCCGUUUAUCUCGUCGUUUCGUUGACUAUGCUUUUCAAAUGUUCGUUACUCGUGAACUAGUUAGUGUGGAAACAUUAACUCUUUCAUCAUUUGAUAAUCAAAUAAAACCAUCAAUUCCUGCAUUUAUUCGUGAAAAUUCAAAUUAUUAUCGUCGCGUAGUUUCAUUCAUAGUUCGUUCGUUUAGUGUUAAUCAAUUAUUACAUAUUUUUACAACUAAUUGGCAACUUAGUUUUAGUGAUGAAAAUGAAUUAUAUAGAAUAAAGACAUUUCCACGACAUUUUCCAUCAUCAAACUGUAGUUGUGCAACAUCAUAUGACUGUAGUGAGCAGUUAACUAGUGAUAUUGUUAUGGGUUGUUUCCCAUAUGAUGGGUUUCGUUUAUCAAAGUUUAGAAAUGUUUCAUUAGGAAAAUUAAGUGAUCGAUUCUUCGUAGAAACAUGGGAAAAUUAUACUAACUAUACAAAUUAUUUUCAAGCAUGUAGAACCUCUGAAUGUCAUUACACACUACCAGAUAAGAAUAAUCCUAUAGUUAUGUUAACAACUCUUUUAGGAGUGUAUGGAGGCAAGUAA